AUGAACGGCCACAUACAAUCCCAGGCCGCCCGCCGCCGCAUCGAACACCAUGAGGCCGAUGUCGUGAUCGUCGGAGCCGGAAUUUUGGGCUGUGCCCUUGCAGUUGCGCUGGGAAGACAAGGCAGGAGCGUGAUUCUACUCGAGGCGUCCAUGAAAGAACCGGAUCGCAUUGUCGGUGAACUACUCCAACCCGGUGGCGUGCAGGCACUGGAAAAACUGGGUCUGCUGGAGUGUUUGGACGACAUCGACGCGAUCCAAGUGAAGGGAUACUACAUUUCAUAUUACGGAGAGCCGGUCUGUCUCGAUUAUCCCAGAGAGUCGCCCUCCGAGCCCGAGCCUCGGGGACGCGCUUUCCACCAUGGUCGCUUCGUCAUGAGAUUGCGCCAGGCUGCGCUGGCUUGUCCGAACGUCACGGUCAUUGAAACAAAGGCAACAGGGUUGGUCACCUCGACGCAAUCGGCGCAGGUCCUCGGCGUCGAGUGCGUGACCAAGGAUUUGAAGGAUUGCUACUUCGCCCAGCAAACCGUGAUCGCUGACGGUUACGACUCGAAAUUCCGCAAGGGCCACCACCAACACACCCCCAAGCGCCGAUCUAAGUUCUAUGGCCUGGAAAUGAUUGACGCCCCCCUUCCCUCCCCCUGCUAUGGCCAUGUCCUUCUCAGCGAAAGCCCGCCGGUCCUCAUGUACCAGAUCGGCACCCACGAGACCCGAAUUCUGAUCGACGUCCCGGAUAACUUCCCCGCCGCGUCGGUGAAGAAUGGUGGUGUGAAGGGCUAUAUGCGGAACACAAUCUUGCCUUCUCUCCCAAAGGAUGUGCAGCCGUCAUUUUCGGAUGCGUUGGAUAAGGGCCAAUUACGCUCCAUGCCAAACUCAUUCCUGCCUGCUUCCACGAACAAAACACCCGGCUUGAUGAUUCUAGGCGACGCGCUCAACAUGCGACACCCCCUGACGGGCGGUGGAAUGACCGUGGCAUUGAACGACGUCUGCUUUAUCCGUGACCUGCUCAGUCCCGAAGUCGUGCCGAGCCUAGAAGACACAGAACUUGUCCUGAAGCAACUUUCUCGUUUCCACUGGCUGAGGAAGAAGUCCUCAACCGUCAUCAAUAUUCUCGCACAGGCCCUUUACAUGCUGUUUGCCGCGGAUGAUGUGAAUCUGCGGGCCCUCCAGCGCGGCUGUUUCCGUUAUUUCCAGAUCGGAUACGUGGAUCAGCCCGUUUUGAUGCUCGCGGGUCUAUUGAAACAACCCAUCGUUCUCGUCACCCACUUCUUCACUGUCGCCUUCCUCUCCAUCUGGGUCCUCUUCCGCGAAACCCCUCUGACCCACCUACCUCUGUUCCCCUUCAAGUCCAUCAUGGUCUUCUGGACAGCCUGCAUCGUGAUUGUCCCGUACAUCCUGGCCGAGCUCUGUUCUUGA